AUGAAUUUCCUCAGAAAAGAAUUUCGAACAAUUGGAUUCAAAGGGAAUUACACCUUAGGAUUGAUGGAUUCAAUGCAUAUACUAAUCCAAUUUGACCUCCAUGAGGAUUUCCACCGCUGUUGGCUACACAACUACUGGAAUUUUGGGCAAUUCACAAUGAAAGUCUUUCGAUGGACCUCUGAUUUCCGCCAAGAUCGCGAACCACCUUUGGCACCGGUAUGGAUUUACUUUCAUGAUCUCCCUCUUUAUAUGUAUCACCGUGGUCCUCUACUUUCUUUGGCAAACAAAAUAGAUGAAUUUCAGCGAGUGGAAUAUGAAAAUCUCCCCCAAUAUUGUAGGGGAUGCAAAGGAAUUGCACAUAACAUCUCAAAUUGCGGCCCCACUCGUCCUAGGAAUGAAUUGCCGAACAAAUUUCCAGCUAAAGGAUUAAGGGAUGAAUCGGUGAAGAAUAUUCCAAUAAAUGCUCCUCCAAAACAGCUUUGGAAGCCUAAGGAAUUAAUGUCAAAAAGCCAAAGAGAAAAUUCAGAAUCGUUGCUUUCUUCAACAUCAGGUUUGUCCAAAAGUGAGAAGGACAAAAUUCCAAUUGACAUUCCAAUGGAGGCUCCUCCAUCAAAUCAUCGCUCCUCCCAAGAAGAAAUAGUUCAAAUUGCUGAUAAUUUAGGCCGAAACUCGGCCUCUAAUGUCCUCACAAGUAAAGUGGAAAUAGCAAAAGAGGGGGCAUCCCAAAAUGUUGUUGAUCUGAUUUCAAGCCAGACCACCCGUCCGAUCCACAUCAAUGAAGUAAAAGAGCCUUCAGAAGCACAAGAAGACAUUGACAAAGCUGGAAUGCAGCCUCAAAUUGAACUGGAAAACUCAUAUUUGAAUGAUAAUAAGGAUAUGGAUACACAUGGAAUUCAACAUAGAUCGAAUCUCCGACAAGGUGAAACUGAAAAUACGGAAGCUGAGCUAGCUGGGCAAGAACAGAAUACAUCCACGCUUUCAUCCAAAAGCUCCAGCCGAGAUGAGUUGGAAGCUAUAGAUUCUCCUCCCCUCUCUCAUUUGUUGGCAGCUGUGGAAAUGUAG